AAUAGGAAAAAAACAAACAAACCCAAAUUCGUCAGUCACUCUGGGGUAACCACAUCUUAAGACUGUAAGCGGGUCAAUCAAAACAAGGACACUGAUUGCUAUAAAAUCGACAGGUACUCUCAUUAACACACACAGGCACAUACAGGGCAUGCACAGAAAGAGCUUACUGCACGAAGCAGGCAACCAGAGCAAAACGACAAUGACCACCCGACAUCCCGCUGCCAUGGUCAAGUGUCUGCUGCUGUUGAUGUUGGGGCUCGCUCUCCUGAGGGAGGGGGCAGCUCAGAAAACCCCCGAAGCAGAGGAUACUGCCCUUUGUCCUCCUCUGGAGGAUAACAGUGUGAGGCUUGACAUUCGCAUCUUCAGUCAAAACCAGGCUGUUACCAUCUCACAUGACUUCCAGAACCGCUCCAGCUCCCCCUGGGAUUACAACAUCACCAGGGACCCUCACCAGUUCCCCUCCGAGAUUGCAGAGGCCCAGUGCAGGCACUCGGGCUGCAUCAAUGCCGAGGGGAAGGAAGAUAGCUCUCUGAACUCCAUUCCCAUCCAGCAAGAGGUCCUGGUCCUCCGGAGGGAGCCCCAGGGAUGCACUCACUCCUUCCGGCUGGAGAAGAAGAUGGUGACUGUUGGCUGCACCUGCGUCACCCCCAUCGUCCGCCAUGUUCGUGACCUGAGAGUUGCCCCUCAACUUAGCUGAAGAAG